GCCUACGUUGGAGGAAGAAGAGUAUGUUGAGCCCGGAAAAGAGGUGGAAAUGGAGAUGGAUGAAGAAGAGGCGCAGCUAGUCGAAGAAGGUAUGAGAGCUGCGACUCUUCAAGAGAAUGGUGAUGUCAAGAGUGCUGCAACCAUGGCAAUUGCAGAGGAACAGGACCCACCUAUGCGGAUUGUGAAGAACUGGAAGAGGCCUGAAGAGAGGAUCCCCGCAGAAAGGGACCCAACUAAGUAUGUUGUCUCUCCUAUAACUGGUGAGUUAAUACCUAUUAAUGAAAUGUCUGAACAUAUGAGGAUCUCUCUCAUUGAUCCAAAGUACAAGGAACAGAAAGACAGGAUGUUUGCGAAGAUUAAGGAGACAACUCUUGCGCAGGAUGAUGAGAUAUCUAGGAACAUUGUUGGGCUUGCAAGAACCCGUCCGGAUAUAUUUGGUACUACGGAAGAAGAAGUUUCAAAUGCGGUCAAGGCUGAGAUUGAGAAAAAAAAGGAAGAGCCGAAGCAGGUCAUAUGGGAUGGUCACACAGGUAGCAUUGGUCGCACUGCAAGCCAGGCAAUGUCUCACAACACUAAUGCAGAUGAUCAGAAUGAUGCUGCAAAUGAUGAAAGAAACCUUCCUGGUCCGCAGGCUCCUCCACCUCCGAGGCCUGGUUUUCCAUCUGUUAGGCCACUACCUCCACCUCCUGGGCUUGCGCUGAAUAUUCCUAGGCCUCCUAAUACAGUCCAGUAUUCCACCUCCGCCAGUGCUGGGGUUGCUGCUCCGCCUCCACCUCGACCUCCUAUGGUUAACAUGAUUCCUCAGGUUCGGCCCCCACCUCCUCCCAUCCCACAGAUGCUAGGUCAGCAAAAUCUCAUGGUAAAUCGUCCACCAAUGCCUCCAUCAAUGGCCAUGAAUUCGCAUGGCCAUCCUAUUGCACCACCUCCUGGAUCACAGUUUACACCUUUGGGAGCACCUCGACCCUUUGUUGCCCUCCCGAUGUCCCAGCCCGGAAUGUCUAUGGUUCUGCCUCCUCCUAUUCCCCAAGGAAUGCCGCCUCCUCCUCCACUGGAAGAAGCUCCUCCUCUACCUGAAGAGCCAGAGCCGAAGAGGCAAAAGCUUGAUGAGUCUGUUCUCAUUCCUGAAGAGCAGUUUUUGGCUCAGCACUCGGGUCCUGCAAGGAUCAAUGUAUCCGUGCCGAAUACUGACGAAGGGAAUCUCAAAGGACAAGUUCUGGAAAUCACAGUGCAAUCUCUGUCUGAAAGCAUUGCCAGUCUAAAAGAGAAGAUUUCCGGGGAGGUUCAGCUUCCUGCAAACAAACAAAAGCUGAGUGGAAAGGCUGGUUUUCUCAAGGACAACUUGUCUCUUGCAUACUAUAAUGUUGCAUCUGGAGAAAUUCUCAGUCUCUCUCUGAGAGAACGUGGUGGCAGAAAGAGAUGAAUGGGGAGUUAUUUUGCAUGGCCUUCAAAGUUGCUUCACCCUAACUAGAGCUCAGUUGUUAUUUUGUUGUAUCUUCUAGGACUUAUUUCUGUAGAAGAUGUGCUUGUCGUGGUGGGAGAUACUUGUCGCAAGCACAGCUGCCUCUUUUGUGCUUUCACCCUGUUAAGGGCUGUGAUAUAUGCUGUAUUUGUCGGUUGUUUUAUGAGCUCGAUAGCAAAAGCAGUUUGCCCUGGCUUUUAGAGGAUGUCGCAGAUUGAUGAUUGAUACAUGCUUUUGUAAUCUUUGGAAGUUACUUAUUUUCUAGCGGAUAAUGUGCCAUCUUAGGUUCAUUAGCUAUAAUUUUUAACGGAAUUGGUUGAUCGGGUUAUAUGUCUGUACUUUUGUGCAGUUUGUAGCUUGCGCCACGCAUUUGUGGGGUCUAUUAAUCAUAAUUUCACUCCAAUUGAUGAUA